GCGCGCUCCGCCCCGCCCCAGCGCAAACUCGGUGCUCGCGUGCAUUUCAUUCCUGGUGUCAUUCCGCGCAUUCCGAGCAUCACAUUCCCGGCUGGCCCUCAAACACAAGAAUAACUUUACACAGUUCUCAAAAACUACACCAACCCACCUUAGGGAUACAUAAGGGAACGAUACAUAAAACAUAUCAGUCACGGACGUGUUUGAGUUGGCACGGCCGGGAGUUGCAGAUUUGAGGGGUACAUUUGCAGAGCUGUGAGAAAAUAUAGGGCAGAGAGACUUGUUGCUCGAACAUAUUUGUUCGUAUUUUUCCAUCCUCGACAUUUGAAAUCUUCACCUGUCCUUCAGGCGUGGCUCGGUGGUGCGGUGUGGUGAGCGGUGCGGUGCGGAGCGGAGCGUUUCCAUGGAUCCCAGCAACUGGAGCGGGAGCGAGGGCCCGGAGGAGGAGGACCUGGACCAGAUGAGCGACGGCGCCCACGACGACAAGCCCACGGACGGGGACGCCGAGGGGGUGUGGUCUCCCGACAUCGAGCAGAGCUUCCAGGAGGCCCUCGCCAUCUACCCGCCCUGCGGCCGCCGCAAGAUCAUCCUCUCCGACGAGGGCAAGAUGUACGGGCGGAAUGAGCUGAUAGCCAGAUACAUCAAACUAAGAACCGGCAAGACGAGGACAAGAAAACAGGUGUCUAGUCACAUCCAGGUUUUAGCAAGAAAGAAAGUGCGAGAGAUCCAGGCAGCCAUCAAGGUGUCUAGUCACAUUCAGGUGCUUGCCCGGCGGAAAUCUCGCGAGUUUCACUCCAAGCUCAAGGUGACAAGUAUGGACCAGGCGGUGAAGGAUAAGGCACUGCAGAGUAUGGCGUCCAUGUCCUCCGCUCAGAUCGUCUCGGCAACAGCCAUCCAUAACAAACUGGGCUUGCCAGGAAUCCCACGGCCAGCCUUCCCUGCUGCUGCUGGGCUUUGGCAGGGUAUGAUCUCCGCUGGCCAAGCAGGAUCAUCACAAGAUAUUAAGCCAUUUGUUCAGCAGGCGUAUCCCAUCCAACCUGCGGUAACCACGGCGAUCUCCAGUUAUGAGUCAGCCACAGCGCCCCCUAGUGGUCCAGCCUGGCAGGGCCGCUCCAUCGGCACCACAAAGCUCCGCCUCGUCGAGUUCUCCUCCUUCCUGGAACACCAGAGAGACCCCGACUCUUACAACAAGCACCUGUUUGUGCAGAUCGGCCAGACCAACCACUCACACAGCGACGCUCUGCUGGAGUCGGUGGACAUCCGUCAGAUCUACGACAAGUUCCCCGAGAAGAAGGGGGGGCUCAAGGAGCUCUUCGCCAAGGGGCCGCAAAACGCUUUCUUCCUCAUCAAGUUCUGGGCGGACCUGAACUGUAACAUCCAGGACGAGAGCGGGGCGUUCUACGGCGUGACGAGUCAGUAUGACAGCGCAGAGAACAUGACCAUCACCUGCUCCACGAAGGUCUGCUCCUUCGGCAAACAGGUGGUGGAGAAAGUAGAGACGGAGUAUGCGCGCUUUGAGAACGGCCGUUUUGUGUACCGCAUUAGUCGCUCUCCCAUGUGUGAGUACAUGAUCAACUUCAUCCACAAGCUCAAGCACCUGCCCGAGAGGUACAUGAUGAACAGUGUACUGGAGAACUUCACCAUUCUACUGGUGGUGACUAACAGAGAUACCCAGGAGACAUUGCUGUGUAUGGCGUGUGUGUUUGAGGUGUCCAACAGCGAGCACGGAGCCCAACACACCAUCUACCGCCUCGUCAAGGAGUGACACACGCACUCACACACUCCCUCAACCCCUACCCCCACCCCCGCUCUCAGCUCCAUCCCCAUUGGCUGAGAGCCUUGACAGAAGUGGCAGUGCCUCUAGCUCCGCCUACCCAGCGCUUGUCGCUGGUGAUUGGGUGAAAUUGUGUCUUAUUCUUUUGGUUUGUUUCGUCGGUGUAAAUAGUGUGUGUGUGUGUGUGUGUGUGUGACUGCAGCUGUGAUGCGGUACUCUUAUAUGAUGUUGUGAAGAUGUGGGUGUGGCCUCAGAAUUAUGUACAUAUGACAUCAGAUGUGGGAGGGGCUCAGCGCUUGGUCAGGUGACUCAGAGAAUCAAAACAAUUUAAAACAAUAAUAAAUAAAUAAUAAUAAUACAAUUAUAAUGACAAUAAUAAAAUACUCAAAUCCAAUCUCCCAACAGUGCCAGACCACACAGGUCACACACACUGUUCCCCUGACAGCCCCAGAAUGUUAGUGUGUGUGAUACGGGAGGGGUGUGGUUUGGGUGUGUGUGUGUGUGUGUGUGUUGUGCUAACGUAGCAUCUGGCUUUGAGGUUUGUUGACCUGACCCCUGCUGAGCCCCUCCUCUGAUUGGUCUGUGCCUUUAGGAGGGCGGGACCACACGUGCUUUUGACCAGUAGGUAGAGAGCGUGCCACCUGGCCUUCGCGACAGCCACCAGGCCUUAGCGACAGCCGGCAGGCCUUAGCGACAGCCGCCAGGCCUUAGCGACAGCUGAAAAGGAUGAAUCUUUGAUACUUUAUCAGAAUACCUACAGAAGCCACUUUUCUAUAGCUCACAUGUAUAUGUGUGUGUGUGUGUGUGUGUGUGUGUGUGUGUGUCACAUGUAUAUAGUCUGGAGAGACACAAGGACACUAGCCUUCUCCCCGUGGAGUCCAAACUGCCGAAUGUGUGUGUUUGUGUCGUCCUGAAUGUGUGUGUGUGUUUGUGUCGUCCUGAAUGUGUGUGUGUGUGUGUGUCGUCCUGAAUGUGCGUGUGAGCAUUUCUAUUCUUACAUCCCUUUUCCAAAGAGAAGUCAUUGAAAAAGCUGAAGUCUUUUUGACCCAGAGCUUGAGACAGGUGAAUGUGGUACUGACCGCUGUUAUUCUGUGUGAGUGUGUGUGUGUAUGUCUGUGUGUGUGUCAGUGCCCCCCCCCCCCCCCCCCCCCCCC